AUGGCGGCUAAUUACGAGAACAAUCAGGCUUCUACCAACUACAAGGAGGCUUUCUCCUUAUUCGACAAGCGAGGCAAUGGCCGCGUCUCCCUCGACAGCCUGGGUGACCUGCUCCGUGCCUGUGGCCAGAACCCAACACUUACCGAGAUUCGUGAUCUGGAGAAGAACGUCGGGGGUGACUUCGACUUCGAGACUUUCCAACGAGUUCUGAACCGACCGGGCGGCUUCCGCGAUCCUGGCGAGCCGGACGAGUACUGCCGUGGCUUCCAAGUGUUCGAUAAGGACAUGACCGGCUUCAUUGGUGUCGGCCAACUCAAGUACAUCCUGACAAACCUCGGCGAGAAGAUGACGGAUGAGGAGGUCGAUGAGUUGCUCAAGGCGGUUGAUACCAGCUCGGGCCAGGUCAACUACACCGAUCUUGUGCGCACAAUCCUGGCCAACUAG